AACCUGAAACCUGCACCAGUUCAGUCAAAGCUCCCGGAUCCUCAGAGCCCGACAGACGCUGUUCUGCAGCAACAUUCUGCCUUUCCCUCGCAGGCGCUCAAAGCCGGGCUUUGUUUCAACGUUCUUCCCCCUUUCAGCCCCGUCCGAGGAGCAGCAGGACCGCCGACCGGACUCUGACAGCCUCCUGUCCCGGUUCUCCUCGCUUCAUCACCGCAGGAACGUCACGCGGAUGUAGGAACUUUUUGGAUGAUCACUUCUCAGUCCGAACUCUGCGUCCUCGAGGCCCCACAAACAUGCGCUUCUUCCUGGCUUUGUCUGGAUUAUUUUUGCUCUUCUCUCCUGGGGGAGCCGAGCCGGAGCCGCGGGCGGAUGGGGAGGAGGAGAGCUCCUGUCAGGGCGCCUUUGACCUCUACUUUGUCCUGGAUAAGUCUGGCAGCGUCAUCGGUCACUGGGACGAAAUCAACGACUUUGUGGAGAAUUUAGCCGAGAAGUUUAAAAGUCCCAUGCUGAGGAUGUCCUUCAUCACGUUCUCCUCCAGGGCUUCUACAAUCAUGAAACUGACAGAAAACAGAGAGAAGAUCAGGAAGGGUCUGAACGCUUUGAGGAAGGAGAAGCCUGGAGGGGACACCUUCAUGGACCUUGGGUUUCAAAGCGCAAAUGAGCAGAUCAGAAAGGAAAACUUUGGCACAGCCAGCGUGAUCAUCGCUUUGACAGACGGAGAGCUUCUGGAGAACCACCUCAUCAAGGCGCAGCAGCAGGCAGAGGAGGCCCGGUCUCUGGGAGCGACCGUGUACUGCGUCGGCGUGAAGGACUUCAAUGAGACGCAGCUGGCCACCAUCGCAGACACCAUCGAGCACGUGUUUCCUGUGUUGGGGGGUUUCCAUGCCCUAGGGGGGGUCAUUGAUUCGAUCAUUAAGAAGUCCUGCAUCGAGAUCCUGGCAGCAGAGCCCUCCAGCGUGUGUGCAGGAGAGUCUUUCCAAGUGGUGGUGAGGGGGAAUGGAUUUUUCCACGCCAGGAACAUCAACCAGGUGCUCUGCAGCUUCAAAAUCAACGACACCGUCACAGUCAAUGAAAAGCCAGCCGGCGUGGAGAACACCUUCUUGCUGUGUCCAGCUCCUGUCGUCGAUGAAGUCGGAAAGGUGAUUUAUCUCCAAGUGAGCAUGAAUGACGGUCUGUCCUUCAUCAGCAGCAACGUUCACAUCACCACCACGGAGUGUUUUGACGGCACCAUCCUCCUCAUCACCCUGCUGGUGUUGUUCCUCCUGCUGGCUCUGCUGUUCAUGUGGUGGUUCUGGCCCCUCUGCUGCACAGUGGUGAUCAAGGAACCUCCUCCACCUCCUCCCCCUGAACCUGAGUCGGAUGACGACGACGGACUCCCCAAGAAGAAGUGGCCCACUGUGGACGCCUCGUAUUACGGGGGAAGAGGAAUCGGAGGAAUCAAGAGGAUGGAGGUCCGUUGGGGGGGGAAGGGCUCGACCGAGGAGGGGGCCAAGCUGGAGAAGCCCAAGAAUGCAGUGGUGAAGAUGCCAGAGCAGGAGUACGAACCGUACGAGCCCAAACCCAAGAAACCUCAGACGAAGAAGCCGCCUCAGAGCCGAAAGUGGUACACUCCCAUCCGGGGUAAGCUGGAUGCCAUCUGGGCUUUGUUCCGCCGCGGCUACGACCAGGUGUCUCUGAUGAGGCCGCAGCCCGGAGAUCACGGUCGCUGCAUCAACUUCACACGAGUAAAAGACGAAGCAGCUGCCGCCAAAGCUCCACCGCGUGUCCACACCCCGACGCCACCUCCUCCGGACUACCGCCCUGCCCCCCGCAGCGUCCCCUCAUUGCCCACCUCCAUCAGCCCUCCAGCGCGAUCGCCCCCCUCUGGCCAGUUGCCCCAGGUUCCGCCGCCAUCCCGCACGCCCCCGGGGCUUCCUUGCCCUCCUCCGUCUCGCCCUCCCCCAAGCCUUCAGCUCUGAGUUCGCCUCCUAUCUUCACACCUGCUUUGAUAUAACAUUGAUACUCCCUCCCCCCCCAGGACUUCCAGAUUCUGUUGGAGGGUGUGGUCCUUCGUCAGGUGUUCCUCUUCCUGUGUGGGACAGACUGCCAAGUAAAACUGCCACCACCUCUCAGCCUUGGAGAGAACAAACAUCUAACGAUGAGCCGACCUGAUGCAGUUUGACCUGACAUUGUGUCUCAGACAGAUGUGUGUGUGUGUGUGGGGGGGGGGGGGUUGGUUUGGGGAGAGGUUUUACUCAGUGUUUGUGAAAUCAGAGAGGAUUGUUGCUGGACAGCAUGGGAACGUCUUCGUUAACUACUGAGUUAGGCCAAAGUUAGCAUUGAGAGGACAGGAGUGGCCCGGAUCCCGCUACUGGCCCGUUUCUCCAUCGUUUCUUUGAUCGAUAGAAAGUUGUUUGAACCAAUUUUGAAAGCAGUUGGAAGAGUCAGAUGACUCUUGGUCCAAUGAAGGUGAUGAUUUGAACCCUGGUCCCAGGGAUUUACCAUCCUGCCUGUUCUCCAGUCGUGGAAAACAAGCAGAACGGCAGAUCUUUAGGACCAUGGGUUUGUUGGAUGUUACUUCAUUUUUGUUUUAUAUUUUUCACACUGUUGAGUUCAAGCUUAUUUUUCCCCUUUCAUUUAUUUUGUUUUGGAUUUUUUGUGUACUCUUUUUGCAUUUGCGCCUUUGCUGGUUUUAUCUGGCGUACUGUUGUACGACACUCCAUUAUGGUGUUGUUUUUUUUUUCUUUGUUGACAUUCAAAAAUCAGGUUCAGGUAUCUGCAUUUUUACACAGUACUGAUACAGUACUGAUACAGUACUUUAGUAGCGUUGUGUGUAUUUUAUGUCUACAGUUCUAUCAUCACCGGUCACAACUGCAGGGCAGUUCAGAGAGCAUUUAAUUUAUUUUACUCCAUGACAGAAAUACAGUGUUAGAGUAUCGACAAGGCAUCCCGCCAAGAGAAGGGACGCUGUUAAUUAUGUAGAAACAAAAUAGGCAACUCUUUCAAAAUAAAACACCAGCAUUUAUGGAAUCCUCAGCUCCACAGAUUUGACUGAACAUCUCACAUUGGUUAACCCCUGAAGAAAUGAGAAAAUGAGCUCUGCAAUAAACUAAAAACAAUCUGGAUUCAGGGAGCAGAGGAAAAUCACUUCAAUACUUAGUUCCUUGAUUAUUCUCCAUUUUUAUUUAUUUUUCAGGUUGAGGUCUUUUUUUAAAGCACAUAUGCCUUCAGAAUUGACUCAUGUUCCUCAUGAUUUUUUGUCUAAAUAUUGUCUUUUUUUAUUUCUGUUGGAAAAUCUGUUGCACAAUUGGUGAUUAUUUAAAAAUAUGUUUUACAUUCUGAUUUUAUCAUUACUGAAACCAUAAGAAGUUUUUACUUUGACAUACGUGGAUUCAGUUAAUCCUGAAAGAACACAGGGACACAUUUGAGGUCAAGUUAAAUUCAUUAAAAUGAGUGUUUAACAGAUUUCAUGGCAGUACUAAAGCACAUAACACCAAUAUAUUUUCUACUUUUGGAUUUGUUUUCACAAUAUCAAUAAAGUUGACUCCUCACAUUCAA